AUGGCAACUUCGGUUAAACGUAAAAAAGUGACUGUAACAAUGGAACAAAAACUCCAUGCUUUAUUUCGUAUUGAUGCUGGUGAAUCAUUAAUAAAAAUCGCGCAAGAGUUAGGAGUGGACAGCUUAGAUAACAGACGCACAUUAAGAAAACCAAACAACGAAGCUUUAUACGAGGCUUUGUACAUUUGGUUUUGUCAACAACGUGAACAAGGAGUUGUACAAGCUAUCGCGAUAAAAUUUAAUGACAAAUUAAAAUUCGACAUGGCAUUCGUGAACUUGGUCGAUGAAGACUUAAUGCCUUGCCAAAUAUUUAAUGCUCACAAAACUGGGUUGAAUUACAAAAUGCUUCCAAAAAAAAUAUUAGCCUCAAAACUAGAUUCUGUAGCCAAAGGACAUAAAGUGAAAAAAGAACGAGUAACUUUACUUCCUUGCAGUAACGUUUCUGGUGAUUUAAAAUUUCAACUUUUGGUGGUUGGAAAAUCAGCUAAGCCUAGAACUUUUAAAAACAAAAAACUUCCAGGAAAAGCUGUAUUGUUUAUAGAUAAUGCUCCGUGUCACCCAAGUGAAAAUGAAUUACGAGAUUGUGAAAUUUAUGUGAAAUUGUUGCCACCUAACAUGACGGCAUUGAUACAACCAAUGGAUCAAGGUGUUAUUGAAACGACAAAACGGCUUUACAGAAAAAAGUUGAUCAUGUUUCUUUUAGAGCAACAAGAAGCGAACCCGUUACCGCAGAAGCGUGGGAAGGAGUUAAGCCAGAAACACUUUAAAAAAAGUUGGAAAAAAUGUUGGCCUAAUAUUCCUCAAGAAAACUAUAGACGAGAUGAAACAACUUCAAAUGAAGACACUGAUUUCAUUCAAGUUUUUCAAGAGUUGGAAGGUUGUGCCGAGGUGGAAACAAAUGAUAUUUCUGAAUGUAUAAACGGUGACACUGAUGUUGGUCAUCAAGUUCUUAGUGAUGAUGAAAUUGUGAAUGCAUGUAUUGAAAACAUAGAAAUAGAAGUUGACAGUUCAGAAGAUGAAGAUGAUGGUACAGAUCAAUCAACGGGCCCAACACAUGGUGAAGCAACUGCAAUGCUGGAGCAGUUGAUGACUGACUAA